AUGGCGGCUCGUUACCAGGAAUCUUAUGGCGUAUCAUCUGUAGUGCCAUCGUUGUCUGUGCAACCGAAAGUUGGCUGCUGUCGAAAAGUUAGCAUGUGCUGCUGCAGCUGCUGUCUUGCAGUUAGUGCAAUAUUAACAAUUGUAUUUUUUGUUGCCGGUGGAAUACUUGUUUACAUGAACAGAGACAAUGACCUUAUAACCGAAGAGAUCAGGGACUUGUUCGACAAUGACUUUCGACCAACCGAAGGCCGUGUUAUGUGGAAAGGUAUCGGCAUCUCGCUACUUGUUUUUGGUGGGAUAAUGUCCCUGCUCGUGUUCAUAACUGGCGGCUUCCUGUGCUGCCUCACCCCAACCUCCUGGAUCACGAGUCGUUCUGCCUGCUCAGACAGCUUACGUCUCGCCAAUCGAAUCAAACGACGUCGCACCACUUUUGCAAAGAGAUACAUACUAGGCGAGUUGCAGCCGCUUCCCGGAUAUCGCGUGUUGGUUACCCUCCACUACUUUUUCCGUUCCUCCUGA